GACUUCGACAGCACCCCUCCAACUCCCAGAAGCAGCAGCAUCGGUGUCAUGGCUUGUCAGGGACUGGUCGCCACUAACCUGAACCUCAAAGCCGGAGAGUGCGUCAAAGUCAAGGGGGAUGUUGCCCCAGGAGCCAAGAGCUUUGUGCUGAACCUGGGCAAGGACAAUGCCAACUUGUGCCUGCAUUUCAACCCUCGCUUCGACAUCCAUGGCGACGUGAACACCAUCGUGUGCAACUCCAAGGAUGAGGGCGUGUGGGGAAAGGAGCAGCGGGAGACCGCUUUUCCCUUCCUGCCUGGGAGCCCGGCCGAGGUCUGCGUCUCCUUCGACCAGACGGAGCUGACGGUGAAGCUCCCAGACGGGCAGGCGUUCAAAUUUCCCAACCGGCUGAACCUGGAUGCCAUCAAUUACCUCGCUGCCGAGGGUGACUUCAAGAUCAAGUGUGUGGCCUUCGAGUGACCCAGCUGCCCUUCUUGCCUUCCCAGAGGCCCAAAUAAAUACCAAAGCAGUUUCUUAAA